AUGAGUCGAACUGUAUUAAAUAAACUGUUAUUGCAUUCAUUUGAAAAUUAUAAUGUUCUUUUUAAUGAAUUUCAAUUUCAUAAUCAUAAUCCACAUCAUUUAGGUUCACUUUAUUUGUUGGGUGCAACUGAUGAUAAAUUGGAAAAAGCUUAUGAAAUCAUGUGUAAAGAACUUGUUCCAUAUGAAACAUCUCCUCAAGAAAUAAAUCUUUCCAAUUGGCGAACAUAUCUUGGUGAUAAAGAUUUUUGUAAAAGUUAUCGAGAUUUUUUUCAUGAACAAUUAACAACAAAACAUCCACUAAUUAAUGGUGUUAUUUGCGGUUUAGCACAUCCACUUAUUCAUAUUGGUUAUGCAUUUGAAUUAGAUAGCCAAAUUGUAGGUAUUGAAGCAUUAGCAAUGACUGCUGUUAGUUAUAAUUAUCUUCAUGAUAUUGUUGACAAAUUAAAACCACCAAAAUCUCCUUCAAAAUCAGCUAUAGAAAUUUUUAAAGAUAUUCGUUUGGAUAAUCGUUUGCCGAGUUAUGAUACAUCUGAUGUUCCAACACUCGAAGAAAUUGUUAAAAAUUAUACUGAUUCUGUUCUAUCUCAUUACAAUCAAUGGAAAAUGAAUAAAGAAAAUAUUGAAAAAACAAUUGAAGAAUUAUUUGAUUUAGCAGUUUAUGCCUAUGGUGCAACACAUAAACCAAAUGAUAUUGAGUUUGUUUUUUAUUUUGCUAUUGUUGUAUAUGUAUAUCAAUUACGGCCUGAAAUAAAUGAACAUCUUAUCAAUGAUUAUAAAAUGGAUGAUGAAAAAAAUAAUUGGAAUUAUGUUAUUGAACGAAUUUUAAAUACAGAAUUAAUGAAUGAUGUUCAUGUUGUUAAAGUUUUACGAGCUUUAAAAGAUGCUGAAAAAGUUUAUGGUUAUAAAGAUGGAUUUUAUUUAAAAACUGCAGUUAAAACUGUUGAAAAUGUGAAUAUUGAAGAUAUAUGGAUUGCAAGACCAAAUGAUCAACGACAAUUAAAUGUACUCAAACGUUCAUAA